AUGGGAUCCGUAGCCGCCGACCCGCCGACCGCGCCCCAGGGCAAGGCAGCCGCCGUCCCGGAAGCCGUCAAGCGCGCCGUGGAAGCCAAGGUGUACGGCUACAUGUACUCGUUCAUCGAGAUGGGCGCCGUGAAGCUCUUCAUCGAGCACAAGGUGUUCGCGGCCCUGCCGGCCGACGGCUCCGCCAUCAGCCUGGCCGACCUGGCGGCCAAGACGGGCGGCGAGUACAACAUGCUGGAGCGCUUCGCCAACUUCCUCGUUGCGUGCGACGUGCUCUCCGCCGGCAAGGAGACAGCCUCCUUCGCCCACGGGAGGACGUCCCGCUUCUUCCUGGACGAGGGCGUGAGUCUCAUGUUCAGCCACCUGUUCGAGAACUGCCUGCUCCCCGUGGCGCACUGGCCCGAGUACUUUGGCACCCACGGGCUGGCGGAGCCCAAGAAGGCGAAUGUCACACCCUGGGGCCUGUCGUGGGGCCACCCGGACAAGACCAACUACGAGGUCUUCGCCCUGUUCCCGGAGAAGGCGCUGCCCUUCAACGCGUCCAUGAAGGUGGGCGUCGCCGACAUGCCCAUCACGGGAAUGUACGAUUUCAGCUGGAUCGGCAGGCACGCCACCGAGGGUAGCAACGGGGACCGCACGCUGCUCGUCGACGUCGGCGGCGGCAUGGGCCAGGCCCUCAAGGCCAUCCUCGCCGAGAACCCCGACAUCCCCGCCGAGCGCUGCGCGCUGCAGGACAGGCCCGAGACGAUCGAGGAGGUCGAGAAGGAGGCGGACCCGGCGCUGGCCAAGGUGCAGAAGUUCGGCGCCAGCUUCCACGGGGAGGAGCCCGUCAAGGGUGCACUGGUCUACCACAUCCGCCGCGUCCUCAACGACUGGCCCGACAAGGACGUGACCAACAUCCUGCGCCAGAUCAGCGCCGCCGCGGCGCCCGACUCGCGCGUCCUCAUCUCGGAGCAGAUCAUCACCGAGGCGCCCUCGCAGAUGAUGGGCGCCGUCGACCUCUUCUUCAUGAACUUCGGCGGCAAGAGGCGCAGCGAGCGGCACUACGGCGAGCUGGCGGCCGCGGCCGGGCUCCGGCUGUCGUCCUUCUCCAGGCACGGCACGUCCGACUCGGCCGUCAUCGAGCUGGUGGUCGCUUAG